AUGGAAAAUGGAGAAGGCAAUUUAGAAAGUAAAUUUGCGGGCAUGGUGGUGAGCGAUACCAACGACGUCAACGGCAAUGACGGAUUGUUUCAGGUCAUGACAGCAGUAGAAGCUGCCGAGGCCACUAUCAAGCAGCAGAUGUUUCGUCUCAGGACCUGUGGUUUUAGUGAUGAGGUUGAUAGUAAAGUAUUCUGGGGGCUUGCAUUAAUGGUUAUUUCUUGGGGACAAGAUAGAAUCAAUAGAGUUUUGAAUACAGUGUCUCCCAGUUCCUCUACUUUAGGACAAAGCAGUGUUCUUGGCUUCCCAAUGGUGCAGCACUUUUGA